GACCACCGAGCACGAAUACUCAUUAGAGGAAAUAUUUGAUAAAACAAGGUCACUCAGCACAUACAUGUACAGGUGUGGUCUAUAUCAAUGGUCACUAUUACAAGAAGAUAUUUGGCGGCAUUACAUUCUGGUCUCCAAUCCUAGGCUUCCCUCAAAAAAUAUCAUUUAUCCAAGACUCAAAUCUCAAACCUCAAAUCUCAAACCUCAAACUUCAAUGUUCUUGAUACACUUUCUCGCGUAGUGUUAAAGAAAACGAGAUACUAAAGGCUUUAUAAUGACGCAAACGGGUACUUUCUCAUGGAUCAGUGAACGACCUCAUGUAUCACACCCGAUCGCUCCGAUUCAGAAGCCCCACUCAAAUUAUCGCCCUCGAAAAUCGCAUACUAAAUCUAGGAACGGCUGCAAUAAUUGCAGGAAGCGCAGAAUAAAGUGUGAUGAAGCAAAACCAAGCUGUGGACAAUGUUCAGACCGACUACUCGGGGCAGUUCAGUGUGAAUACCUUGUCCUACAAAAGCCAGUCAUGAGAGGACAAUUACCGUCGGAACAACAGAUAUCGACCGGACAGAUUUGUAGGCCAUCGGUCAGAGACCAAAUCAUUUCGUACCUGGAAAAGUCAGAAGUUCCGUGCUCGCACUUCAGAGACCCCAUCUACAAGCCAGGUGAUGCUUCUGAAUUAUUGGACCAUUUCACUGAAGUCACUACUCCUUGGGUUGGAUCUCAAUCGUUUCAACAUAUCAUCCAGCAGCAUGGGCUAAGUAUUUCUCUCAAAGCCCCUUACUUAAUGCAUGCCAUUCUUGCCUUUUCGGCAAGCCAUCUUCAUUAUUUACACCCAAAAGAGAAAAAAUAUGGCAUUGCUUUCACGUUGCAUUACUCUAAAUCUUUAUCGUCCUACUCAUCAGAGCUUCGAACGAGCUUGAAUGCCAAAAAUGCAGAUGCAAUCAUCGCAUCGUCUUACCUUCACACGAUGCUGACCUUUAUAAAUAUCCAGCCAGAUUCCAAUAUCGACACUGACGGAAGCGGGCGGCUUACUUGGCUACGUGCUAUGCGAGGGGUAUCAAUCUUGUGGGAUACGAGCGAUAUGAAUUGUCAUCUCCAAGACAGUAUCUUGUUAGAUAUGAAACACGAUCCCAAAUUCUUGAACGAGGGGCCUUGCAAUCAUGACAAGCCGGACGACGUAAAUCCGUGGGCACUAGGAGCAUCUAGAGCGCUUCAUAGGCUAUUUGAAGGGGAACAGGAUUCAAAAGUGUUCAAGGAUUCUUAUGAGGGGCCCUUGAGGCACUUAUGUCAACUGAUACGACUUGGAACUGGCCAAGAUACGAUCUGCACGUUCAUGUCGUUCGUGGGUGAACUCCCUGAUUCCUUUGUGCAAUUACUAGAUCAGAAGGAUCCCAGAGCUUUGUUGAUUUUAUGUUAUUGGAGUGCCCUAUUGAGCCAAAUAGACUAUUGGUGGGUCAUAGACCCUGCAACUGCUGUGUGUAGUAGGCUUUGUGCAUAUUUGGAUAGGAUACACGAUGAGAGAAUACGUAGCCUACUACAUUAUCCAGCCAAUCAAUGUGGUUAUACGAUGGAUAGUGCAUAUCUAAACAUCGUCGACGCGCCUCCAAAAAUGGACUACCACAGCAUCAGUUUUUAGAAAGGCUUUUCACCUGCAAUACGGAAUUUGUGUUUCCAACAUUCCGAAUCACUAGGAUACUAUCGGAAAAGAAGGGUUUCUGAUCUCUUACAUUCUUCUCAUGUAACAAAUUUUAUUGAAGUAUUAUAUCUACAUCUCCGAAUCUACCGAAACAACCAAUCCAUUCUCCAGAGACCCACCCCUUUCCGAAUAAUGAAUUUCUCCAAAUUUCUCCAUUGAAAACCUGGUUUCUG